AUGCCCUUAGCCCCUGGUCGGAAAGUGCCCCUGGUCAGUACGCCUGGCGAGUGCAUAGCCCCUGAGUCGGAGACACAGCCUGAGUCGGAGGGGGUCACCCACUGUCGGGCUCCCAGCCCUGGGGUGACCCAGACCUCUCUCCGCUCCUACAUCGGUGUGGUUCCUCAGGACACGGUGAUCUUCAAUGACAGCAUAAGAAACAACAUCCGGUACGGACGCAUUCCCGCUAGUGACCAGGAGGUGGAGGAGGCUGCCCUCGCUGCGGACAUACACUACAAGAUCCUGUCACUGCCCGAUGGGUAUGAGACCCAGGUGGGAGAGAGGGGUCUGAAGCUGAGUGGAGGAGAGAAACAGAGAGUAGCCAUCGCCCGUACAAUCCUGAAGGACCCCCGUAUUAUACUGCUGGAUGAGGCCACGUCAGCCCUGGACACACAGACAGAACGCAACAUCCAGGCUUCACUCUCCAAAGUCUGUGCCAACAGGACCACUAUAGUAGUAACACACAGAUUGUCGACCAUCGUUGGCUCAGACCAGAUCCUGGUAGUCCAUGAUGGCCAGAUUGCCGAGAGAGGGAGGCAUGAGGAGUUGCUGUCCCAGGGAGGUUUGUACUCUGCUAUGUGGCUGAAACAGCAGCACAGCACAGCCAAGACAUACAACUCUAACCCAGAGGGUCAGCAGGCCACUACUCCCCACCACGGUCCCUGAGCCAGUAUCCCAGCACAGAGCUAACCUACAGCUAACCAGGGAACAGAGGAGCAGAUUGAGCCAGGAUAGAGCUCAACCAUCUGAAGGAAAAGAUUCAAAUCAUAUUGUGGCAUUUUGGGCGGGUACCGCAAUGUUCUGAGGCAAUUUUCAAACUUAGCUUCCUAAGGUACA